AUGUUUAGGUCAACACCAAAUUCUUUGAAUUCUUCCAUUGAAACAACCUAUAGUUUAGGAUCGACAAACUCACAAACCUUUCUCUCUCUGGAUAUCGAUGAUUUUUGCGAAUCCUAUUCCAGACUAAAGUUAUUAGAAAGGGAUCCUGCUCAAGAUGUGAUUUCACCUACAUUAUCCAAUUAUACAAUGAUGAGAAAUACGACAAUUAUUUCAUCAUCGCCAAUUACUUCUCAUCAAAACUCUACUCAACCAGAACUAUUCGAAACCAAUAGGCAACAAUUCUUCAUUGAUGAACCAGCUCAGUCAUCAUUAAAUCAACAAGUUUCCAACAAUGAAUCAUCCUUCUCCAAGUUUCUUGCCUUUCUCACAAAACAGGAUGAAGAGCAAAAUUCAAUUAUUCUACAACAUGGACCAAUAGAUUCGAAUAAUGUUAGUUCUUCACCACCGACAAUGAAUCGAAUCAACAACCAGAAUGUAGAACCAUCGCCAAGAAUACAUCUAUCGUCAUCCACUUCUUUCAAUCAGAAAAAUUACCUUUCGAAUAAUGCUGAUUCGCCGUCCAAUGAAAGUGGAAACUUGCCUAAUGUUGGAGAAUCAACCAAUAAUCCAAUUAACACUACUUCACCUUCUACCCCAACAAGUAUCAAUUCUCUCCUCCAAACCAUUACUUCACCUUCGAAUAGCUCCAAUAUGAAUCCUAAGGAUAGCAAGACUAAACUUGCUUCAAGUCCAAAACGAAAGAAUUCAAUCGUUUCCACCACUAAUUCGAAUAAUACUUCCUCAUCGUCAUCCUCAAACAUACCCACACUGAUAAAUACCAAGUUGACCAAACAAACUAAAACAACAAGGAAACGGAAAAACUCUUCCACUUCUCCAUCACAACUUUCAAUGCAAUUUAACUUCCCAAUGUGGACUUUUCACUUUUCUAAGGGACGAUCUAAUAAAUAA